UGCAAUGGGGUAGGACGCACCUGUGCAUGACAUGGAUCUUCGAUUCUCUAGGUGGACAAUCUACUUCUGGAUCCAGGCCCAGAUUUGCUGUGGAGUGGUACUGGGUUCUGAAUGCGGAUCUGUCAAUCACCUGUCAAAGAAAGAUAUUCUGCUUUUGGCGGCUGAUGAUGACCCAAAGUGUUUUACUCGGACACAAUGUGACCUCACUUGCUUUUGGGAAGGUUCCAAUAACAAGUCUUAUAAUUUCUUCUAUAGUACUGAUGGUGUGGAGAAGCUGUGUGAUCUCACGCAACAGAAAAUGGAGAACGGCAGCAUCCUGCAUGUGUGCUCAUUCCCCAAAUCAGACGUCUUCACGUUCACCCUCACACACAUCAGAGUGGUGGAGACCAGCACCAACAGCACCGUCUUCAGCCGAAGCAUCAGUGUGGAGGACCAAGUUCUGUUGGAUCCCCCAUCCAAUGUUUUUCUCCAUGUGACCGGGGAGGUAGGACAGCUUCAAGUGGCUUGGCACACACCUGCAGAGUGGAGGUCCCAUGUUCUGUAUGAGUUACGGUACUCCUCACACAGCUCACAGGAGAGGACCAAACAGAUAGAAAUUUCAAGGUCGUUAGUCCACAGACUGGACUCCCUCAUUCCUGGAGAGGUGUGCCGAGUUCAGAUGCGCGUCACACCCAAUGGCUACAGUGUACGAGGACACUGGAGUGAUUGGUCACAACCCGCUGCGGCCAUGGUGCCUCAGCACGCAGCUGACGCUGAUUUAUUGUGCCAUACUUCUGAUCUCCGCAAUAUUCGGUGCCAGUGGAACGGCCAAAUAUCUGGUGAAGACUCCCACUACACUCUUUUCUACAAGUUGUGGUCCAGUGUCUCUGGCCGCUGGCGAGAGUGCACUCAGAGAGAGACUACGACCCAGUGUGUCUUCGCUGGAGAGGACUCCAGCGCCGUGCGUGUCAGCCUCAGUGGGGGUCAAGGGCCACACAGUCAGAUAUUUUACUCCGAUCCCUUCAGGAUGCUUGACAGUGUUAAAUCAGACCCUCCGUGGAAACUGAGGGGAGAGACAGAAGGAGGCAGGCUGUGUCUGCAGUGGGAGCCCCCCCUCUACAAUCUGUCUGGACACUUGAUGUAUCAGAUCCGCUACCAUCCCCAGGGAGAGCUCUUGUGGAAGCAUGUGACCCUGCAAAGCCCCCUGACAAGUACAUGCCUGGAUGUGCAGGCAGGCAGCCAGUACUCCAUCCAGAUCAAGGCCAAGCCUAAUGGGUCCAUCUACAGCGGGUUCUGGAGUGAAUGGUCUAACACUCUCACAGUCAAUGUGCCCUCAAACACAGGCACCGUGCUCCUUGCAUGCAUCCCUUUCAUAUUGCUGUUUGUGUCAGUUUUAUUGAUUGCUGCCUUCUCCAAGUAUUUCAGUAAAAUUAAGCAACACCUGUGGCCCCCAGUCCCAAACCUGGACAAGGUGCUUGAAAGUUUCCUCACAGAUAUUAACCGGAAUUGCCAGAACCCACCUUACAAUAUCAAGCAGUGCUACGACGACACCCCCGCCUCAGUAGUGGAGAUUGUGUCUGAGAGAGAGGCCUUGGGUGACGGGAAAAUACAGAGGGAUUCGGUCAUCCACGUUCCUUCAGAGCUAGACUCAGAGGAGGAAACAGAGGAGGAGCUCCAUCUGGAUCUACUGGAAACAAGUCAAGAUUAUGUGACCCUGAACACUGAGAGCCUUGUCACCUGCCUGCGGAGCAACGAGUAUGUGGCGGGGAAGCCAAUGAGCUUGGGAGAAGAAGUCUUCCAGGUGAGGUGCUACUGCACCAGGUCCAGUGGCUUCCCCUCUUCCACAUACAUCUUCAACCAUUCCUAUCUCCUCCUGGCAGAACAGGGGCUUCUGCACAUGGAUGCUAGAGGGAUCUUUAACCAGUACACCAAUCUGGAGAACGCAGCACAGAAACCCCUGCAAGCUGACUCUCAGAAUCUGUAAUGCACAAAUGCAAACAGGACACACAAUAUGUUGUCUAAUCAGUUUGUUGAGGUGUGGCUUUUGUCAUUCUAAAUCCCUAACUUUGGGAAUCACAGCAGCAAGGGUUACAAAUGCCUUGCAUGUCACCCUACCAGAGAUGCAUAUUGAUCCUCAAACCACAAAAAUACCAGUUGUGGUCGACCAUUUUCACAUCACAUUUGUCAGUCAGUAAACAUGAUUUUACCAGUUAGCUGCAGUGGACGAGAGUUGCAGCGGAUUAGUGAGCCAAGAAUCAUCAUCUUAAAAGUUGCACUCCACUGUGCCCCAAGAAGGAGUCACACAAGUGUUACACACUCCAUUGUUAGGGUUCCCCUGUCCUUAGUGGUUGACUUAGUGUGGGGCAUUUUGUUUUAGGUAUUAAGGUACUUAACCUGAAUUACUUAAGGAAACACCCCGCUGUAUGAAUGGAUGAAGCUCUACAUGAAAAUGGGAACAAUGCAAGUUGCUUUGGACAAGGGUCUGGAUGUCACCAUGUGGAGUGAGCACUUGCUUGCAGUAAGAAGAGACAGAGGAAGCCAAGUAGAAUGCAGCCUGUAAUGCAAAACACUUGUCUGGAACAUUGUGUAUAUAUAAAGCCCUUUUGAAGUUUUACAAACUCCAGUGAUGCCUGUUGGCAUGUCACACCAAACCACACGUUCACACCAGGCAAACAUGAAAACCAGUUUAAUAUUUGCUUUCUGUUUGAGCCACUUAUAUUUUGGACUCAUGCAUUUGUGAGGAAAAAACAAAUCCCUGUUUUUGGUCAGCACAGCUUAUCUGGGAGAGUUAGCGGACCCUUCCUCAGAGGUCCAAAGCAAACACACAUGGAAUAGGGUAUCAAAAUAUUCUUGACAGCAAGGUUAAAAAUGACUAUACUGUAUUUAUUCAGAGAUGCUAGUAACGCAAAACAUUUAAGAGAUCAAAUGCUUAUUUGAUUUUAUGCAUUUGCCUUUUCAAAAUGUUUUAACACAAGGCAAUUUGUAUCGUAAGUCAAUAGCAUUACUGUUAUCACUUAUUGUAUUUCUGUCUAGUUGAUUAUGGAUCGGUUCCAGUCAGAGGAGGAAGUAGGUAACCUGGAGGCAGUUUCAGUAGUUGUUCUGGGUCGGGUCUAUAUUGUGACACAUUGUAAUGUUUCCAUUUCUUGCUUUAACUUAUUCCUUCUUGGAUUUUCAUGACACUUAAGCUUAUUUUUGGGGGGAGAGAAUCAGAAAUGACAAAAAAAAAUCUGACUGGCGAAAAGCAUACUAUCUCUAUAGAGCAAUAGCAAAACAUCACUGGGUCUGUGCCAUUGUUUAAUAGUAAAUAUGUCUUGAGUGAUUUGGGCUACAUGGUGUCACUGCAAAUGUUUUAUAAACACAUUUUGAUGCAUUGUCUGGCUGCAUCAUUUUAAAGUCUUCGAAAUUCCACUGUCUCAA